AUGAACUACCUUCUACCCAAACCCUAUCUUCUUUUUCUGCAGAGGAUAAAGGAAGAUAGCACCAUUGACCGGCUCAAGACUGUAUGCGUGGGCGAUCACAUUGAGGCCAUCAAUGACCAGAACAUUGUCGGGUGUCAGCACUAUGAAGUGGCUAAGAUGCUAAAGGAGAAACCAAGGGGAACAUCCUUCACACUACGACUGGUGGGGCCCAAGAAAGCCUUUGGUGAGUAACACUAAUUCACAGGGUGUUGUUGAGAUAACCAUUUAAUUCUAGGUAAUACACAUUCAUUGAUUGUACAAUUUUUUUAAUAAACAGAGUUUAGAAGAAUAAUUAAUUUACUUUACUUUUUAGUUUCAGGGUAGUAAUACAUGUUUUUUUUUAAAAAAGUGUCAAAAUUAUUGGCACCCGUUUUCAAUACUCCGGCACCCUCCCCUUGCGAAGUAACGGCACUGAGCCUUUUUCUUAAAUGUUUAAUGACAUUGGAGAACACAUUGGGAGGGAUCUUAGGGCAUUCCUCCAUACAAAAUCUUCCCAUAUCCUUUAUAUCCUUCGGUCUGCGCUUAUGGACUACCCUCUUCAAUUCAAGCCACAGGUUUUCAAUGGGGUUCAAGUACGGAGACUGAGAUGGUCAUUGCAAAAAAAAUAUUUUGUGGUCAAUUAACAUUUUCUUUGUGGAUUUUGAUGUAUGCUUGGGGUUAUUGUCUUGCUGGAAGAUCCACUUGAGGCCAAGUUUCAGCCUCCUAGCAUAGGCAUAGGCAACCAGGUUUUUGGCUAAAAUGUCCUGGUACUUGGUAGAGUUCAUGAUGCCGUUAACCUUAACAAGGCCAUCCUUCUUUCGACGCCAAGCCCACCACUGGUGUGCGUGGCCAAAGAGCUCUAUGUCGUGAACAUUGCACUGGUUCCAAUACUGAUGUCGUUUAGCAAACUCCACGAGUUUACAUUUGUUGGUUACUCUCAAUAAAGGCUUUUUUCUGGCAACCCUUCCAAAGAGCAUAUUGGCAUGGAGGUGGCAUCUAAUUGUAGAUUUGGAGACCUAGUGAGCCAAAGAUGUGACCAAGUUUUGUAAUUCUCCAACUUUGGAUUUUUCUUUUCCUCCAGAACCAUCUUCCUCACUGUGCGUGGGACAAGAUACACUUGCGUCCAAUACCAGGCAAGUUCACCACUGUUCCAGUAGUUUUAAACUUCUUAAUUGUUGCCCCGAUAGUGGUAAGUGGUAUAUUGGGUUUUUAGCAAAACAUUUUUACCCAUUGCCUGAUAUAUGAAGGUCAACAGAUUUGUCUCUUUUCGUUUGUGAGCUCUUUGCCUUUUCCCAUGGUGAUGGAUGACAAAGGGAUUUUACAUGCAUUUUACAUCAUUUUAAUACCCCAGUAAAAAGGGAAGCCAUGGAAGGCUACAAUACAGUUCCUUAAACUGAGAUUAAUUUUAAAAAGUAGAAUGUUAAUGCAGAUUUUAAUUUUGGUUGAUUUUAUUUAUAAGAAUCUUUAGGGGUGCCAAUCAUUUUGACACCUAUCUUUUUUAGAAGAAAAAAUAUUAGUUGUUAAACAAAAUCUCUUUCUCUUUCUAUACAAGAAUAUAAUUUCACAAAUUUUUUCAGCAUACAAUAUAGCUCAGUAUUUGUAUAAUUUAUUUUAUCAAGUAUUUUUUUCUCAUCUUGUUACAGGAGGUGGUCGCAGUUCCGGAGCGACCCACUAGGUGUCAUCCUCCUCACUCACAGUCGGGACUAAUCAUCAUCCUAUUGGUGUCACCUGUGUCCGUUAUUUUGUAUCCUGGCUUUGGGACCACCAGGAAAGAUCCUUGUUUCACAAUCUUUAUCUACUGUCUACUGUCUAUCCUUCACCGCACCUGGGUCACACCUCACACCAACCCUUACAGAAAACUGAGCCAAUAUGGACCCAGCGGAGGCAGCACAGUAUCACAGUGCAUUGGCAACGCAGGGAGCCAUGCUGAACCAGCAUGACCGAAGCCUGCAGCAGAUCACCGAGAAUCUCCGGCAGCUGACAAUCGCUGUGCAGUGCCGGAUGGACACCCGACCAGCCCCGGCAGCCGGAGGAACGGACGCCGCGGUAGCGACAUCGCGGGAACCCAGCCUACCACCUCCGGAGAGGUACGAGGGCUGCAGGGAAUUCCUCACCCAGUGUUCACUAGUAUUUAGCCUACAACCCUCCUCCUUCCCGACGGAGCAGGGCCGGGUGGCCUACACUAUCACUCUGUUGACGGGUCGGGCCCUUUCCUGGGCUACCGCGGAGUGGGAGAGCCAAACUCCGGUGUGCUCCGACUCCUACCACCCGGGAGCUACGCAAGAUGUUCGACACCUCUCGGGUGGUGUCGGGGCCUGUCGGCAGGGUGACCGUUCGGUGGCGGACUACUCUGUGGAGUUCUGGACCCGGGCUCGAGAGGCAGGAUGGGAGGAGGCCGCCCUGGUCGUCCUUUACGCGCAGGGACUAUUGGAGGCGAUGAAGGACGAACUCUCCUUCAGGGAGUUGCCUGAGCGACUGGACGGCCUUGUCGACCUCUCUGUGUGGGUAGACAAUCGGCGUUGUGAGAGGGCGCAGGAGAGAGGCAUGACGCAAGGUGCGCCUCCGCGUCCCCCUAUCACCCGGAGGCUUUCUGCCGAUUCAGGGAGGAGACACCUCAGGAGGAGGCUAUGCAGCUGGGUGCGGCACGCUUGUCCAGGAUGGAGAGGCAGAGGCGUCUGCGCCAGGGCGUUGCCUGUACUGCGGCCAGGGAGGUAACCACUGCGACUCAUGCCCGGAGAAGCUGGGAAACGGGAGGGCUCGCUAGUAUCGGGAGGGGUGCUAGCAGGCCGGAACCGAAACCCCAACUCCAGAGACUCCCAGACUUUUCUCCCUGUCAGGGUUCAAUGGGCCCGCGCUGCGCGUUGGCCGCAUUCACUGGUGGAUUCUGGGGCAGCGGGAAACCUGAUGGACGCGGGGCUGGCCCAAGGGUGGAGCGUUCCGUGACUCUCCCUUUCCGAGCCGGUUCCGGUCAUGGACCUGGACGGCCGGCCGUUGGGGUCGGGCUUCAUCACCCGGCGCACUGUUCCCGUGCGUGUCCGGGUGGUGGGGGGCUAUGGGAGGAUAUCCAGUUAUAAAGUAUGGUCACAUUUCAUUUGCUCUCUUAAACCCACCCUUUGGAAUGACUUCGAUAGCAACAGUCAAUUUAUUUAGUUUUUAAGUGGAGCCCUCUCAGCAAUCAUUCUCAAUGACUAAAAUGUAAAUGUAAUAGUAAGUGACAAAUGACAAGGCUAAGCAGGGUUUGGUUAAAACCCUGGAUGGGAGACUAAAGGGUAGCUGUAGAUAGAUCAACUCUCCAGUAGGUGGUGCUGUUAUACAAAUUCAACAUGUUUUCUACAAGGUUUGUCUAUGUUGAAAUGUGGUUACCAUGAUGGCAUAAUCCUGUGGUUGAAAUUUCACCCUCAAAACAACAGUAACUUUUUUUCAAAUCCAGAUUCCACGUCACGAUACGUUGACAAAUUACAUUGAAACAACGUUGAUUCAACCAGUUUGUGCCCAGUGCGCCAGCACCCUCCUCUAGUCAGAAAACAUAAUUAUAUACCCUCUGCGCUCCUCUACAUCAGGGCCUGUAUUCAUAAAACUUCUCAGAGUAGGAGUGCUGAUCUAGGAUCUGUUUAGUCUUUUAGAUCAUAAUGAAUAUGAUUACAUGGACAGGGGUGACCUGAUCCUAGACCAGCACUCCAACUCUGAGAUGCUUAAUGAAUACGGCUAA